ACAGUUAUAUGUGAUUCCAGGAUUAGGGUUUUUGGGGUUUGCUUAUAAGUAUCUCAGUCUUACUAAAUGGUGAUCGGCGUUUGAAACGGGAGAGACGGACCUGCGAAAGAAGCAACAUGGUACACGUCUCGUUUUACCGUAACUAUGGGAAGACAUUUAAGAAGCCCCGUCGCCCCUAUGAGAAGGAGCGCCUGGAUGCCGAGCUGAGGCUUGUUGGAGAGUAUGGGUUACGGUGCAAGAGGGAGUUGUGGAGAGUUCAAUAUGCAUUGAGUCGCAUUCGAAAUGCUGCAAGGGAGCUUCUGACCCUUGAUGAGAAGAACCCACGUCGGAUAUUUGAGGGUGAGGCCCUUCUUCGCAGGAUGAACCGCUUUGGGCUUUUGGACGAGAGCCAGAACAAGCUUGAUUAUGUUUUGGCUUUGACUGUUGAGAACUUCCUUGAGCGCCGCUUGCAAACACACGUAUUCAAGAUGGGUAUGGCCAAGUCUAUCCACCAUGCCCGAGUGCUCAUCAGACAGAGGCAUAUCAGGGUUGGUAGGCAGGUGGUGAACAUCCCAUCUUUCAUGGUUCGGGUUGAUUCACAGAAGCACAUUGAUUUCUCACUCACUAGUCCAUUUGGUGGUGGUCGUCCUGGAAGAGUGAAGAGAAGGAACCAGAAGGCAGCUGCUAAGAAAGCUGCUGGUGGAGAUGGUGAUGAAGAGGACGAGGAUUAAGUGAUGAUUUGUUAUCUUUUGCUGGUAGUAGUUGAAUUGUUAUCAAAUCUAAUAUUUAUCGCCACCACACAAUUUUCUUUUCAAGUUGUGGAAGAAAGUUGUUAUUUAUUUUGAUCUUUUAUUUUAUUUUUUUUAAUUUUAGCUUGUGUGAGAUUAUCUUAAAUUCAAUAUUUCUGUGAAAAAGAAUAUGUUAUUGGGGUUAGUAUGACCAUCAGCCUGAUGUUGCCAUCA